UCAGACUGAAGCCUCUCUCCAACCUCCUAGCACAUAAAAAACCCUGGGAUUUUUUUCCUCUUGCUCUCUGUAGCUCCUUUGACGUCAGACCUACACACAAUAAGCUGUGAAUUCUAAUGCUUAAGUGAAUAGGAGCUUAUUGGGAGCUUGAGCAGAGCAAGAGGGGUGUUUUUGUAUAGGAGCCAUUACUGUUUCUGUAAGGCAUAAUGAAUAAUUUUCUCUGACUGUGUGGGAACUUAAAUUGCUGCAAAGGAGAGAGAGAGAGAGAGAGAGAGAGAGAGAGAGAGAGAGAGAGAGAGAGAGAGGAGGGAGAGAGAGAUAGAGAGAGAGAAAAAGAGAGGGGGAGAGAGAGAGAGAUAGAAGGCGAGAAGGAAAAAAAAGCACCAAAUGCUGCACACUCCAUAGGUGGCACUAGGGAAUGGUACAUCAAUGCUCUAGGUCUGCAAAAGGAAAAUCAUUUUGAAUCAGCCUGCCUGGAAGAGAGGAUUCUGCUGAUUAAAAAACAAACAUGUCUGCAAAGGAACGGCAAAAGAUGAGAGUCACAAAAGACAGCGUCACAUUACUCCCAUGUUUUUAUUUUGUGGAGUUACCUAUCCUGGCCUCAUCGGUGGUCAGCCUCUACUUCCUGGAGUUAACAGAUGUCUUUAAACCAGUUCAUUCAGGAUUUAGCUGCUAUGACAGGAGCCUUAGCAUGCCCUACAUCGAACCCCACCAAGAAUCAAUUCCAUUUUUGAUGUUACUUUGCUUAGCAUUUGCUGGACCAGCAGCAACAAUAAUGGUUGGUGAAGGUGUCUUAUACUGCUGUCUGUCCAAAAGAAAAAAUGGAAUGGGAGCAGAAGCAAAUAUCAAUGCUGGAGGAUGCAACUUCAACUCCUUUCUAAGAAGAGCUGUCAGGUUUAUAGGUGUCCAUGUGUUCGGACUUUGCUCUACAGCUCUCAUUACAGAUAUAAUCCAGCUCUCCACUGGAUACCAGACCCCUUAUUUCCUGACAGUCUGUAAACCCAACUACACAUCCCUAAAUGUGUCCUGCAAAGAAAAUCCAUAUGUGCUGGAAGACAUUUGCUCGGGGCAAGAUUUAGCUGUCAUUAAUGCUGGAAGAAAAUCUUUCCCUUCUCAACAUGCCACCCUGGCAGCAUUCGCAGCUGUUUACAUUUCUAUGUAUUUCAAUGCAACAUUAACAGAUUCAUCCAAGCUACUGAAACCACUGUUGGUUUUCUCCUUUAUAAUAUGUGGAAUAAUAUGUGGCCUCACUCGUAUAACUCAGUACAAGAAUCAUCCCAUCGAUGUUUACAGUGGAUUUCUGUUGGGAGGUGGAAUAGCCAUCUAUCUGGGACUUUAUGCUGUUGGAAACUUUCAGCCCAGCGAAGACAACAUCCCACAGAAGCCUCCUCCACCACUCAGAGAGCCAUUAAGGUCUUUAACAGAGAUUAGCCAAGACACCAGUAGGAUACUACAAGGAAAAAAUGGCAGCAGCAAUGAUGGUAUUUCAUCUCACCCCUCUGAAAAUAUCUUGAACAGAAACAAUAGAGAAUCAAGCUCGCUUACCAAUAUAAAGAGAGCAAGUACAGAUGUAGAAGUAAUAACUCCUAGAAGCCCCAUGGGCAAAGAAAACAUGGUCACAUUUAGCAAUACUCUUCCCAGAGUUCAUACUCCUUCAUUCGAAGAUCCAGUUAGGAGAAAUGCUACAAUCCAUGCUUCAAUGGAUUCAGCUCGGUCAAAGCAACUUCUUUCUCAAUGGAAGACUAAAAAUGAAAGUCGGAAGCUUUCUUUGCAGGUAAUUGAGACAGAGUCUGGUCUUUCUCCACAAAGAGUGAUAGAAAUGAGAUCAAGCUCUGAGCCUGUUAGGGUUGGUGUUAAUGGAGACCAUAUUGGCUCGGGCAACCCAUACAUUAAAUUACAGACUGGCAGUGUGCCAGGUUGUAACAAUACAGGUAUUCCUGGUGGGCCCAGAGUGUCUAUACAAUCACGUCCUGGGUCUUCUCAGUUGGUGCAUAUUCCAGAGGAAACCCAUGAGAAUAUUAUAUCCACUUCACCCAAAUGCAGUUCUGCUAGAUCAAAGUGGCUCAAGGUGGCAGAGAAAAGUGUUUCCUGUAGAAGUAAUAGUCAACCAAGGAUUAUGCAGGUCAUAGCUAUGUCAAAACAGCAAGGGAUGCUGCAGGGUAGCCCCAAAGGCUCAGAAGGAAGUACAGUUAGUUGCACUGGAUCCAUCAGAUACAAGGCUCUGACAGAACAUGAACCCACAAAUAUAGUAAGGAUUGAGGCCCAUCCUGAAAACAACAGGCCGAUUAUCCAGAUGCCAUUAGAAGGAGAAGGGAGUGGAUCCUGGAAAUGGAAAGCUCCUGAAAAAGGAACGUUGCGUCAAGCUUAUGAGCUGAAUGAUCUCAACAGAGACUCAGAAAGCUGUGAGUCAUUAAAAGACACUUUUGGGACUACAGAAAGAAAAAGAAGCAACAUUGAUAAUGACCACCUCCUUCAUGGAAUAACCACGAUACGGGUGACACCAGUAGAGGGCAGUGAAAUUGGCUCAGAGACUGUAUCUAUUUCAUCAAGCCGUGACUCUACUCUAAGAAGAAAGACUAACAUUAUCUUAAUCCCAGAGAGGAGUAACAGUCCCGAAAGCACUCGGAAUAUCUUCUACAAAGGAACAUCACCAACACGUACCUACAAAGAAUGAAAACAAUAUUCUGUUUCCAUUGGUUUCUACCAGAAACAGUUUUACUUUCAUACAGCUUGUGCUCUUAUUAGUUUGGAAAUGAAGCAGAAAACAACCUUAAAUGUGCCAAAAUUAGACAUGGUCAGAUGGUUUGCAGUUUUAUUUACCAGUAUGGACAAUUGAACAUUACAAACUUGUGCAGAAUGGGACUGAAUAAAAGCACAAUGCAAAGAAUUUUAACUAAUGCGAAUAACACAAAAAAGGCAUCAUACAAUCAGUUUCUUUAAGCAAAAGUGACUGAAAGGAAAAAAAGAGAUACUGUUAGGAACAAAGGAACUUAGACACUUUAUUUGAUGAAUGUGCCAACUCCGACAUUUCCUCCUCCUUAAACUAUAAAAUUACGAGUUCCACCUAAAAAAAAAUAGGAAAAAUGUAUUCAAUGUAAAAUAUUUACAUUUGCAGAUUAUGCACAUAUGAAGAGGUGAUGCUUGGUCCAAAUCUAAACAACAUAUCUGCACAAGCACAUAAUACUUUAUGAUGUAGUCGUUUUUUCAACAGUCCAGUUGCUUCUGCUAGGACAAUAGUGACUGCCCUUGUACAGAUUAUAACAUUCAGCUCUGUUAUUGUGAAAUAAUUGCACUUGACUUGCCAGAAUUUAGUGCAGAUCUGUCCUCACAGUCUACUUUGACAAAGUGUGGGUGUAAUUCACUUACAAUGAUAUAACUGUUUCAUUUUGUUAGUUAGUACUUCUGUAAUUUGCUCAUUAUUUUGUUCUAACUAAAAGUGCAGAUUGUACUAAAGAAAAGGUGCUCAAGUGGUGGGGGCAUCCUUGAUUAGUGGAUGUCUCGUCCACCUUUUCAUGAUUGUUCUUUUUUCAUAAUUCCAUUAACACUGAACAGGGUUUAAUGUGUGUUAGAGUAGAUAUGGCUACAGGUCUAUUGGGUACUAAAAAUGAUUAUGUACAACACUGCCAGGACCAAAAAAGAAAUGUGAAGAUGUGAAGAUGUGAUUUUAUUUUCCGUACAAAGUUUUUAUUGAGAAAUAUGGCAUGAUAUAUAACGAAAAUGGUGGCACAGCCAUUAUGAUCAGAGGAUUAUAGGAAACAUACAGAAGUUUUAAUGAAGAAUAGUUUUUAAUCCAUAGAAUAUAUGAGACUGGAGCAACUUUAUAGGUUGGCAGUCUGAGUUUAGUGGUUUGGAUCAUAUUUAGAUCCCAAUAGAAAGUCAAAUGAGAUAUGUUUUUAACAGAAUGAAGAAAUAUUUUAUCUAAUAAGAUUUUCAUUUUUUUAAAUAUGUUUGUGUUUCAAUCAACUUGUUACAUAGACUACAUUUGUAUUGUGGAUGCCUCUUGAUAAGGCAUCUUUGGCACUUACUUUCAAAAAAAUAAAAUCUUUACUGAUGUCA